AUGACAAGCUCCAUCGACCUGGCUCCUCUCACCAUGGGGGCGGGGAGGCUCUUCGUCACAUCCCAGUUCUGCGCCACGGCCCGCACGCCGCCAAAAGAUCUCUCCCUCGCGGGACAGACAGCCAUCAUCACCGGGGCCAACGUCGGUCUGGGCCUGACGUGCGCAGGCCAGCUGCUGGAACACGGCCUGUCUCGCCUCAUCAUCGCCGUACGGUCCAUGGAAAGCGGGAAGGCUGCGGCCAAGGCCCUCGGAGAGAAACACCCCGCCGCCGCCAUCGAGGUCUGGGCCCUGGACAUGAUGUCGUACAAGUCGAUCCAGGCGUUCGCGGACCGGUGCUCAACGCUAUCACGGAUCGACGUCGCCAUACUGAACGCCGGAAUCGUGAGGGAAAGCUUCAACCUCUCGCCCGAGGGCCACGAGGAGAUGGUCCAGGUCAACUAUCUGUCCACCGUCCUCCUUUCCGUCCUACUCCUGCCUCUGUUGAAGGAAGAGAAAACCGCUGGGAGGCCCGGCCGGUUGACCAUUGUCAACUCGGGCGCCACCUUCAGUGCCAAGUUCCCGGAGCACGACAAGGUGCCGUUAAUAGCGGCGUUGGACGACGAGACGAACUUUGACCUCACCGAUCGAUACCAGACAUCCAAGCUCCUGGGCCAGCUCGUCAUCGGCGAUAUCGUCGAGUACGUCCGUAAGGAGGACGUCGUCGUCAAUCUAGUUGACCCGGGCUUGUGCAAAGGAUCGGGGCUUCAUCGGCAUCUGGGCGGCGGACUGAGGGCCGUCUUCGGAGUAGCCAAAGCCAUGACCGGGAGAAGUCUCGAGGAGGGAGCUUCGACGUACCUUGAUGCCGCUGUGGUCCGGGGAGACGAGACUCACGGCAGCUUCCUCAUGGAUUGGAAUAUCCAUCCAUUCGCCACGUUUGUGUACACACCAGAAGGAAAGGCCAGCGGGAAACGGCUUUGGGACGAGACUCUUCAGGAACUGGAAUUUGCCGGGGUGCACUCGAUCCUCCGCUCCAUGAAGUCAGAUUCGUCAUGA